GCCUGCGCUAUUUUUGCUCUGGCCGCCUUGGUUCUGUACGCCGCCGAUGCGGAAAACGCUUCCGUCCUGUGGAUGUGCCAACCGAGAUUAGCGGGACGACAACGGCGGCUGCACGCCGAUUGCGCAACGGUGGCUCUCCUGGUGCAGAGACUGCUGACAUCUGCAGACGCCACUUUGACAGCGCUGGCCGUCGUUCAGCUCUUCGUCAACCUCAAGUGUGCCGCCGAGGUCGUCAAGGCUCUGGUCGUCGGGCGAGAGAUGACAUCUGGCCGACAGCGAAGAAACAGCAGGAUGUCUGUGACAGCGAUGGGAGACAAAAAUGUCGCCGUGGUGACGGUAGCUUCCAAUCAAACAAGCGCAUUGGGCUCCAUCCAAAGUUGCGGCUGCUGCAGGCCUUGCAGGGUGUUGAAGGGCGAGGCCAAAGCUGUCCUCGGGACCAUUCAGAUUCUGGUGGGCGUGAUCAACAUGGGCUUGGGGGUGGGCAGGACACGGAUACGCCCCGGUGACUUGGCCAGUCUGGGAGCAGCUUACUGGAUCGGAGCCGUGUUUGUCACUGCAGGAGUCUUGUCGCUUUUGUCAGGCCAGUGCCCAUCCUGCUGCUUUGCUAGUUUGACAGUGACCGUGAACGUGUUGUGCGCCGUGCUGUCCGUGGUGGCCGUGGUUUUGUACGCGUUGGACCUGGCGCCUCUGUCUGUGGGUUUGUUUUGUGGCAGCGGGUCCUGGUACGACGGCGGAUGUGAAGAGGUGGCCUUGUACGCCAUAAGGUUGACUCGAGGACUGGACAUCACGCUGCUGAUUUUGGCUGUUCUGGUGCUCUGCGUCAGCAUCAGCAUGAGCGUGCUCGCCGUUGCUGCCGAGCCGCCGACGCCACAUAAACGGGCCCUCAAACAAUACACCAGAAAGUACAAAGAGUUGACAACUCAACCGCCAAAUUGCUUUGGCUCGUUAUGUUAUGUCGAAGAAAAAAAUCUGUCAAAUUAAAUGUAUUUUCAAACUAUGAGUGCAAAUGAUAUUUUGUUGGAUUCUCAAGAUGAAAAGUAAUCACAUUUUCAACUUUUGAGAAUGAAAUGUAUUUUAGGGACAUGAAUAAUUUGCUUUGUCGAUUGGAUUGAAAACACACUUUGUCAUUUGGACUGUCUUUGUUUUGCAGCCGGAAGAAAACCUUGAAGAAUUUGAAAUAAGUCCAAUUGGACUCUUAAGAUUCUUGUUUUAAAAAUAAGCGGUUGUAUUUUAAAAAAUAAAAGUCCUAAUAUUUGUACAGGACGUUUGGGCGGAUAUAGAGGAAAAAUAUUUUGUCAGCACCAUAACUUCAUGAAAAGCAGCAUAUGGUUCAAUACUGACAUCAUGGUAGUAAUUGAACACAACUGCCUAAUAAAUGGCUUUUGGAAAUGAAACCAAA